AGGGCCUUUCCUGUAUUUAUCAUGGAGAAAAAAAGAAUGUAAUUAUAUUUAUGGUUGAUUACAAUAUACAUUCAACAGUCAUCAAUACGAUUUUUUUUCCCCCCUGGCAUUAAAUUGUUCUAUAUCGAGUGCAGUGUUCUCUGCAUAUUAUAAAUAUUACUCGCCAAGUAAUCUUGUUCUGUUUAUCUAUUAAGACUGAAUUCAAUUUACCGUAAUAUAUUAAAUAAAGGCUCUGGCAAAUCGCGUGUUUACUUGUCGUUGAAACGAUAGUACUGACAAUUCCUACAGUUCGCGAAGGCGGCGGCAGAUGCAGCGAGAGGGCGUUCCUCCGCCGUGCAAGAAAACGCGCCGCGGAAUGAAACACUCGCGUCUUUUCCGAGUUCAUCUUCGACCUUGUCGGAAUCGGAACCCUCCACCCCCUGCACGUUGAUCGCCUGCCUCUCACGGGCCAGGUGGCCACCGCGGUUCGGCGGCGGGCUGCAGAAAGCCGGACGCCGCCGCUGGGCUGCUUUGACGUCCUUCCCUUCGAAAACAACAACCAUGGCAGAUUGUUUAAAAGCGAUAUGAUCAUCAAGAAGCUUUUAUGAUGAAGAGAGGUGACACCAGGAGAAGGUAUGAGAACCUUCAGAAUGUCUCCAUAAGUCAUCCAAACAUUAGCUGCUCUGGUCAGGCCAAGGCUCCCAGACUUCCUCCCAGGCUCUUGCUGAAGGACAUGUGGCCUCACAGCAGAGGAACCUCCCAGCUUCAGGACCGAAACGUCCACUCCUGGACUACAGAUGGAGACCCAGCUCGGGAGCAUCUCUGGACCGACGCCGCGGUACACCCAAGUCAGCAAGACAUGUGGACAGUCACAUCAAGCAGGGACUUCACCCGAGGGCAGGCUCAGGCCAGUGGGGCUCCCUAUUCAGAACCAGUCCAGACUUGGAACCGCAGCACAAAUCUCUUCUCCAAACCUGGCGCCGGAGCAGCAAUUAUUGGUGGUGUCCAAAACAAUUCCUCCAAGCCACUGGGAGUCUCCAGCAAGAAGGAGCCUCCCAGCUAUCCUCCAGGCAGCCAGGAGGAACGUUGGCAACUCCAGAUUUUCGCCAGAGGCCGAGCCAAUUGUCCCAAAUGUAAAAGCGUGAGCAGGAAGACGGUGGAAGGUCUCAAGAAGCACGUGGACAACUGCAGAGUGCAAGCGUUUACGUGCCAACACUGCGGGAAGCAGCUCAAGUCUUCCACGGGGAUGAAGUAUCACGUCAUGGCCGACCACGGCAACCCGCCGUCAGCGGAAGACACCCGGGACCUGGACGAGUGCUCCAUCAAAGACAAACUAAGGAAAAUCCUGAAGCAGUUGGGGAAAGUCAAGUGCCCCAAAGAGGGCUGCACGUCGACGUUUAGCAGCAUCAUGGGAUACAUGUACCACAUGAAGAAGUGCGGCAAGGAGCAGGCGGAACUGGACAAGCUGCUUCUCCGUUGUUCGCACUGCGGGAAAACAUACAAGUCCAAAGCCGGCCUGGAGUACCACCUCAAGUCCGAGCACAUGCCCGUGAGUCCGGCGCAGCAAGAUCGAGCGGCAGAGGUCCAGAACCAAGCUGAGGCAGAGAGAACGGCCAUUGGUAGAGUUCAACGGGCUUCGGCGCUGCUGGCCAACUUUCACAUGGCGGAGAUGUCCAACAAGGAGCCAUUCAAAGAUUGGCCCAAGAGGACCUUUCAAUCCGACCUGGUGCCCGAUGACAAAAAGUUGAAAUACUCUCGACCCGGCCUGCCCGCCUUCAGCCAGGAGCUGCUGAGGAAGUGGAAGAAUGAAGUGAAGUUGCACAGGAAGAUCAACUGUCCCAACAAGGGUUGCGGGUGCACGUACACCAGCGUAUCUGGCCUCAAGGCUCACCUGGGGCUGUGCGAAAGGGGCCACUUUGAGGCGGGAAAGUACCGUUGUUUGAUCUGCGGCAAAGAGUUUCACUCGGAGAGCGGGGUGAAAUAUCACAUCAACGCCACGCAUUCGCAGGAAUGGUUUGUGACCAACAAAAAGGCUUCCAUGAAGUUGAAAAAACGGCCCAGAGAGACGGUCCACCAGGCAAAGCAGGAUGUCAUGGACCACCGCCAUCAUCAUCAGCCUCACUACCAGAUGCAGCACCACCUCACGCUUCGUUGCACCCCUGUGGAGCGUCCAGGCGGGCCCGCGUGGCUGGCCGAUGACGAGCAGGCCCCCAUUGAGAUGGAGGACGCCGACAAGAUGGCGGAGGGGAACCGAAGGGAGCACGAGGAGAGACGGAAGGACGGCUCGGAGCAAUGUGGCCGACCCGGACCGAUGCAUCGGUGGAAGCCGAGAUGCUCGGAUGGGAUGGGGUUCCACGCGGAGGCAUCCGAAAGACAAAAACUGGUUUAAAAAUUUUCAGGUGAGCUGCAGUAAGAAAGGUGAGAGAUUGUUACACGUACAAGUGUAGUUAACAUAUUUUUUCUGUGCGUAUCACAUUGUUCCAGUGAAACUUGUGUUAUCACAGUAGGUGUGCCUGACUUAAUUGGUUACCGUAAAAUAGUGAUUACAUUUUAAACAUGAAAUGGCAAUCUGCAAAUUAGCAUCACCCAUCUCUCAAGGUGUCGAGGGAAAAAAUGUUAACUCGUUGAGAUGGGACAAGCACUUUGAGUAUGAUGAGAAUUUAAUAAAAUCUUGCAUUCAUGCAGCCAGUUCAAAUAAAAAUGAUGAUGGUUGCAUUCUA